AUGGACAUGGAGAAAAAUGAGGUUGCUGUUACUAAGAAAGAGCCUAAUUACAGAGGAAUCAAAGCCAUGCCUUUUGUUAUAGGUAAUGAGACAUUUGAGAAGCUGGGAACAAUUGGAACAUCUUCUAACAUGUUGGUGUACCUUAGUACAGUGUUCAACAUGAGCUCUAUUUCUGCCACUAAUCUCAUCAAUAUCUUCAAUGGGACUUGCAAUUUUGGAACAUUGUUUGGUGCCUUUCUCUCAGAUACUUAUCUAGGCCGAUAUAAGACUCUCGGAUUUGCUUCGAUUUCCUCUUUCCUGGGGAUGCUUGUGUUAACAAUGACAGCAGCAGUUUCAGCUCUACAUCCUCCUAAAUGUGGAGCAGAAGAGAGUAGCAUAUGUGUUGAUCCAACACCAUGGCAACUUGCAUUCUUGUUUAGUUCAUUUGGACUGCUGGUAGUCGGGGCUAGUGGCAUAAGACCAUGUAACUUAGCGUUUGGAGCGGAUCAAUUCAAUCCCAAUACAGAUUCAGGGAGAAAGGGAAUCAACAGCUUUUUCAAUUGGUAUUACUUCACAUUCACUUUUGCCAUGAUGAUAUCUCUGACACUCAUCGUCUACGUGCAAUCAAACGUGAAUUGGGCUAUCGGAUUGGGCAUUCCCACGUUUCUGAUGUUCUUGUCAUGCGCCUUCUUCUUCGUUGGUAGCAGAAUUUAUGUCAAAGUACUGCCAGAAGGUAGUCCCUUGACAAGUAUUGCUCGAACACUAGUUGUUGCAUUUAAGAAGAGAAAAUUGAGUUUGCCAGAGCAACCUUGGAGUACUCUGUUUAAUUACCUCUCACCUAAUUCAAUCAACUCAAAGCUUGCUUAUUCUGACCAACUAAGGUUCCUAAAUAAAGCAGCAAUCAUCACAGAAGACGAUGAAAUCAAUACGGAUGGAUCUGCAGCCAAUCCAUGGGGUCUUUGCAGUAUCCAGCAAGUGGAAGAGGUGAAAUGUGUGAUUAGAGUAAUUCCCAUAUGGAUUGCAGGCAUAAUAUACCAUGUCGUCCUAGCACAAAUGCAGACAUAUGUAGUAUUCCAAGCCAUCCAAAGCAACAGACACCUAGGAAGUGGCAAAUUCCAAAUCCCAGCUGCAUCUUACAUUGUUUUCAUGAUGUUGAGCCUCUCAAUUUGGAUUCCCAUUUAUGAUAGGCUCAUCGUCCCUCUACUCCGACGAAUCUCAAGAAAGGAAGAAGGCAUUAGUCUCCUCCAGCGAAUCGGGAUUGGAAUGGUACUUGGUAUAGUCACAAUGCUUGUAUCAGCAUUAGUCGAAAACCACAGGAGGACAUUGGCCGCAACGCAUCCCACAUUAGGCCUCGUGCCUCGAAAAGGCGCAAUUUCGUCCAUGUCCGGUUCCUGGUUGAUACCUCAGUUGGCAAUAGCCGGAAUUUCCGAGGCAUUUACCGUCAUUGGGCUAAUUGAAUUCUUCUACAAACAGUUCCCGGAAAACAUGCGUAGUUUUGCUGGAUCUUUCCUGUUUUGUGCAGCUGCAAUGGCGAGUUAUUUGAGCAGUUUCUUGAUAUCAGUCGUUCAUCGGACAACGAGAGUGGGGAUAACAGAAAAUUGGUUGUCUGAAGAUCUUAACAAGGCGAGAUUGGAUUACUUUUAUUACCUGGUUGCUGGUCUAGAAGUGUUGAAUUUGGGAUACUUUUUGAUUUGCUCAAAGUAUUACAAGUACAAAACAGCAGAAAACAGCACUGCAGAUGUUGCUAUGGAGGAAUUACAAUCUCAAAAGCCAAUAAUUUAG